AUGACGACGAUAACAGUUUCCAGGCGAAUGCUGUCAAUCCUGCUCUUUCUUCUUCCAUCUGCCUACGCCGUGUGUGUCGAUAACGGCGUUGAACAUGCUGAAGGCGAGAAAUGGGUCCGCAAUGGAAAUUUCCUCGUCACAUGUACGGUUGGAGAAACCAAGGUGUUAAGCUGCCUAACAGACGCUGGUACGGUACUUGAGUUGGGCACCACUUCGCAUGUGGAGAAUGGCGUUGAAUAUUCAUGCAUGGAUGAUGAGCCAACGAUAGAAGGCUCUGGCGAAGAAGUAUCGGUCAAUUCAUGUCCAGAAUUCGCUGAUGGGUCCGAUGAUAUCACUAUCGGAAAUUUUCUGAUCUGCUGCAUUUCAAAACGAUUCAAAGGCUGUGUGGACGAUACUGCAACAUCCAAAGAAAUGGGCUUCGAGCACGAAUUCGAACCUAAAGGCUGUUUCAAUGGUUCGAGAAGUGACGACGUCGAGGAUGUUUCCUUCCACGUAAAGAAGUAUACGGUUUGGCGACAAGGAGAUUACGACAUGAGGUGUGGCGACGAGGGUAUUCACGUCUACAGAUGCUAUGUGGAUGGAAAGGGAGUGUACGUCGGUCAGGCGUGGAUCGACAAAAAUGGCAAAGUCAAUAUGUGCAAAUAA